AUGAAGCACCAGCGAGACUCCCAAUGGCUGUUGCUGACAUUCACCCAGACCAGACGUCGAACCACGUCGAGCGACAACAAACAAGCCGCGGUGCUCUUCCUUAGUUCGUUGGAUCUGGUUGCGUGUUUGCGUGCCUACAUCUGCGGCCGCAUCGACUCUGGCCACUGGAGCACGGCAAGUAGUUCGCUCGACGGGCAGAUUGAGUUCGCCAGGCCUGAAGAAGCAAUGGCAAGAUUCAAGUUCCCGACCCCUGAGCUCAGGAGCAGAAUUGCCGGCUUACGAAGUGAAAAAAAAAAUUCCAUGGUUCGGGACACAGAAUUCCACGGCUCAACGAUGUCCAAAUAUAUGCUGAAGCUGCAGUGUAACUACAGUGUCAGGAGGUUGUGCGAAGAAAAUGGCCGACUGGCGAUAGCGACAGGGAUGGGCAGGGGAGGCCUGUCCAUUCAAAUCCUUUGCUAUAGCCCGCGUUUGGACAACCGUGUCAACCAUCUGGAAUAG